GAGGUUUCUGACUUGCGAACGAUUCCAAUGUCCAACACAGAUAAAAUGAGGGACAGAUCAAAUUACUUAGGGUCAAAUUCGACAACCCCAUUCUCAGAUCCAAUUUUCUUCUUGUUUUCUAUCUUCUCCUUUUGACCAAAAUUCAAAAAUCAAGAAACAUCAAUAGAAUUCAUAAUUCAUCCAGAUAUUUCCAAAAAAAAAACAAUGGGACUGUUCGCCUACACGAUCGCCGGCGGUAGUUUCAUUCUCAUCGGCGCGUGGGAAUCAUUCAUCUCCGCCUCCGAAAUUCUUAUACAAACCCCAUUAUCUUCGUCACAGAACAACAUACCCACCACCAAAACGAGACCGUUUUCUUCAUCAGUAACAUUCGGCUCGAUUUCCGUUCUCGCUUUUCUUUUCAUUAUCAACUCUUUAAUCUCUUUAUAUGACGCUCUUAACAUAAAAGAUAAUACGGGUUUCGUUUUACAGCUGGAGGUAAUCACGAUUUCUCUUCUAUUUCUUCUUUACUCUGUUUUGGGUUUUUUCACCAACUUGAAAAAUUCGUUUCGGUUUCCUUUGAAAAUCCUCAAUUUGAUCUAUCUAUUCGCUUUUGUAGAAGAAUUUUUGUUGUUUUACAUGCAAAAAAAGGACCCAAGUGGGAUUGAGAACCGUUACUAUGAUCUUUUUCUUGUGCCUAUAACAAUAUGUAUAUUUUCCACAAUUCUUGAAUUGAAGAAUUCAGAGUCAAUUUACGCACGAUUAGGACGUGCGGUUGGGUUGAUUUUGCAAGGAAUGUGGAUUCUCCAAAUGGGUUUUUCUUUUUACUCGAAUUUGGUUGCUCAUGGGUGCAAUUUGCAUGAAAAGAGCAGGGGUAAUUACACUGUGAAGUGCAAGGGGCACCCCGAGUAUCAUCGUGGUCGAGCUAUUGCAACCCUGCAAUUUAAUUGCCAUUUGGCUCUUCUAGUGACUUUAAUUGUUGGUGCAUACUCGAUUAUUUGUAAGAAGAACGGAAUCAGCAGAGGAUUUAUGCUCUAUAAGCCGCUUGGAGAUGGAGGGGAGAUGAAGCAGUUUGAUUCUCAGGCUCAGUUUACUUUAGAUACCGACGAAGAAGAAGAUGGGAAUGAGAUCAAAGAAGUGAGGGAUGUGGAACUGCAGAAAGCAAUUGUGGUGGUUCCAGAGUCGGGAGUUAAUGGUUAUGGAACUCAUUGAUAAGGUACAUUAGUGUCUUUGUUCUGGUACUCAGAUGAGAGUUAUUCUUUUUCUACGUUAGUGUGGCAUUAUUUGGUUUUGCUUCGUAUAAAUUUCGAGAGAAAAUACUUUUUGUGGGUUCUGAUUUGUAGGUAUUUCCACUCUGCAGUGCAUUUUGUAGUCAGUCGUGUUAAUGAGAUUACAGACACCUGCUAAACUGUUUCUUUUUUCACCCUCUAGUUAUAGCUUUUGAAUUAUGAAUUUGCUCUCUGGGAGUUCUCUAUGACUGUAGUUUCUUAUGAUCUGUUUAUUCAGUACAUAUCCAAUGUUUCAAUAGAUUGCAAAGAUAAGUAUGUUUUCUUUC